GUAAAAAGAGUUGCUAGGUUUAAAUUGGCGGAGAUGGUGCGUAUCUCGUGAGCAAGCGCUUCUGCUUUCUUCUCUUUCCUUCUUGACCUCCACGGAAUGAGAGAAGGGAUGGUAGAGGCAGAGCGAAGCUGCAAUCCAUGGAUGAGUACAGAGCUAACGUCGAGACUCGGAAUCGACGGGCACGAGUCCUCGAUUCUGGAAUCAACGGAGGGACUGGGAUUCUCUGCGCCGGAGACACCGCAAUCAAACGGUUUUUCUGAUGAAUUAGGUUUCGGGGAGAGAGCUUUAUCUGCAGCCGGUGCGGCCUUUCUGUCCGCCAUUAUUGUUAACCCUCUGGAUGUUGCCAAGACAAGGUUGCAAGCUCAGGCUGCUGGAGUUCCUUACUCGCAUCCACUGAGUAAUAUCAUAAGUCGUAUGGCAUACUUCGGACCAAAUAUGAUGUUUGCUGAUCUAAGAUGUUCCCCAUCAUGUGCACGAGCUGGAGUUCAAGGCACAGUAUCAAUAUGUCCUACUGAUUGUUUUCAUUAUAAAGGGACUUUAGAUGUAUUCUACAAGAUCAUACGGCAGGAGGGAUUCACGAGUCUGUGGAGGGGCACAAAUGCAGGGCUGGCAAUUGCCGUGCCAACGGUGGGAAUUUACAUGCCUUUUUAUGACAUCUUUCGCAACUGGUUGGAGGAAUUCACUACCCGAAGUGUCCCAGCUGCAACACCAUAUGCUCCUCUGGUUGCAGGCGCAUUGGCACGCUCAUUAGCUUGUGCAAUUUGCUACCCUCUUGAACUUGCCAGAACACGCAUGCAGGCUUUUAAGGAGACCCAAAUUGGUAAGAAACCUCCUGGAGUAUGGAGAACUUUAAGUGGGGUUAUCUCUAAUGUCAAGAGCUCAAGUAACUUGCAAAACAACUGGCCCGGCUACCGAGCCCUGUGGACUGGCAUGGGAGCACAACUUGCUCGUGACGUACCUUUCUCAGCCAUUUGCUGGUCAACUGCCGAACCUAUAAGGAGAAAACUCCUUGGUUUGGUUGGUGAGGAAGCCAAUGCAGUCAGUGUCCUUGGGGCAAAUUUUUCUGCUGGUUUUGUUGCUGGAAGCCUUGCUGCUGCUUGUACAUGUCCUUUUGAUGUUGCAAAGACUAGAAGGCAGAUAGAGAAAGAUCCUGCAAGGGCAUUGAAUAUGACGACACGACAAACACUGCUUGAGAUCUGGAGAGAUGGAGGAUGGAGGAGACUUUUCACGGGAGUUGGCCCUCGUGUUGGUCGUGCAGGACCUUCAUUUGGGAUUGUGAUUUCUUUCUAUGAAGUAAUGAAAUAUGUUCUACAUCACCGAUUCGCAACUUCAUGAUACCAGGGCUUUUCUUCUACACUUUGAACAUGUCUUCAUGAUACCAGGGCUUUCCUUCUACACUUUGAACAUGUCUCGUGAUGGCGAUAUCGCCAUCGGGCAACACUUGACAUCAAAGAAAUAAAUAGAAGCUUUAACCCAUACCAGAUUUUGCACAGAUAUCGUGGACCGUGGUAGGUCUUUUUCUCUAGGGCUGCUAGUGCAGAAUAGACUAACCCUUUUCCCCCUCUUCCCCGGUUUUGCUUCUCUGUUUAUUUAUAACUUACUGCUCGAACAGAGCAGAAAUUUUGUAUCUUUCUGACUAGUUCCCUAAUAGACCUUUUUUUGUUUCCAGACCAGUUUUCGCAUAAUAAUCUUAUAGUCGAGCCAUUUUUGUCAGUUUAUUGGCGACAAGGCAGAGGUCAAUAGAAAGAGGCUUUUGCUUCAUUGUAAUUUUUUGUGGAAUAACGCACAACUGUUGGAUUCGUGGUGAUCCAAAAUCAAAGCCAUUUGGAUUGAUUGAA